UUACGGCACACAUGAUGUGAAUCAAGUGGUCUUAAUGCAAGCGCUGGGCGUUUACACGUCCGCCAAAGUGGGCAAAACUCCGCCGACAUAUACCGGCUCUUUGGUCUUUGAAUUGCAUCAAUCGGGCAAUCAUUUUGUGGUCAAACUCUUGUAUUUCAAUAACGUUACGGUCAGCGCAACCGCCUAUACCCCCGCCGUCCAAGACUUUGUUGAAUUGGAUUUAAUGAAUUGCAAUCCCAAAAGCGAUUGCACUUUAGAAGAGUUUAUUAAAUCAGUCGGUAAUCACAUCCCAGAGGACUGGGAACAGGAGUGCGAAAAUAUUGUCGUUAUGGCCGACAAUGAGUACAAGUAUUUCAACGCCUUUUCAUUGGUGUAUAUAUUGAUUGGAGUAAUAUUGGCCGCAAUAGCGAUGGCAUUGUUUCGCUGUAUUCGCCGUCGAUAUACAUCUCAUUCAAUGAGAAACAUCUGGAAUAUAUGUCACUUUGCAGUCAUUAAAUACGCCAAUGAAGUGAGGAUUCAAUUGGAUCCCAACGGCAUAUUCGUUGUCGAAGACAAUGAUUCAGGAAAAUUGUUGGGAUAUUGUGCUGCUGUUAAUCUGUCCAAUGAAUUGGCAUAUAUUGGCGGAUAUUGUGUUCGUCCGGAAUAUAGGGGACACGGAAUCGGGAAAGACUUAUGGAAUACAGGAAUGGCACACAUGGGGGACAGGAAUAUCGCUAUCUUUGCCCUUAAUUAUAAGAUGUUUGAGAUUUAUAGGGAUUUGCAAAACUUUAAUUGUAUUCCAGACCGACGUAUACUUAAUAUGAGAGGACAACUUAAUCCAAGUAAAGAUCUCAUCGACACAAUCGAUGGCAUUUCUUUGGUGUCAGUCAAUGAGAAUAACAUUAGAGAUGUGAUUGAAUACGACAAACAAGUUUGCGAUGGUUUAGACAGAAGUAUAUAUCUGUCAACUCUCUAUAAGAUUCCCGAAAAUAUCCAUUUAGUGGCCAUUAAUGAUAGGAAAGAAGUGGUCGGCUAUUGUUUUGUUGUGGAGAUGUGUUCGGGUAUUACGGGUAUUGCGCCCCUCUAUGCAGACAACCAACACAUCGCUGAGUUGUUGGCCAACAAAUGCUGUCAACGCUUACCACCGCAUAAGACAACUGACGUAUUGCUUAAGUGUUGGCAUCUAAAUGAAGGGGCCAUUGAAUUGGCAAAGAAAUUGGGUUUAAACGAAGUUAGAGAUCUUUGGGCUUCAAUUGAGUGGUUCCCUCACAAACACGCCAAUGAAGUAAUGAUAAAAGCGGAUCCCAACGGCAUAUUUGUGGCCGAAGACACCGAUUCUGGUCAAAUUGUGGGAUAUUGUGCUGCAAUUAAUCAUUCAGAUGAUUUUGCAAAUAUUGGCGGAUAUUGUGUUCGUCCGGAAUAUAGGGGACACGGAAUCGGACAGAAGUUAUGGAAUACAGGAAUGGCUCACAUGGAAGACAGGAAUAUCGGACUCUUUGCCAUAUCUGAUAAAAUGCUUGCCAUAUAUAGAGACAAACAUAAUUUCAAACACAUCGCCAAUAGACAAGUCGUACGUAUGAGAGGAUCGUUUGUACCAAAUAAAGAGCUUAUCGACCGAAUAGAUGGCAUUUCUUUAGUGGUCAUCAAUGAAGACAAUAUUCUGGAUGUCAUUCAAUACGAUAAACAUGUGUUUGGUUUAGAGAGAGCCGCUUAUAUUGAAGGGGUUAGAGAUCUUUGGACUUCAAUUGAGUGGUUCCCUCACAAACACGCCAAUGAAGUAAUGAUAAGAGCGGAUCCAAAGGGCAUAUUUGUGGCCGAAGACACCGAUUCUGUUAAUCAUUCAGAAGAUUUUGCAAAUAUUGGCGGAUAUUGUGUUCGUCCGGAAUAUAGGGGACACGGAAUCGGACAGUCGUUAUGGAAUACAGGAAUGGCACACAUGGGGGACAGGAAUAUCGGACUCUUUGCCAUAUCUGAUAAAAUGCUUGCCAUAUAUAGAGACAAACAUAAUUUCAAACACAUCGCCAAUAGACAACUCGUACUUAUGAAAGGAUCGUUUGUACCAAAUAAAGGGCUUAUCGACCGAAUAGAUGACAUUUCUUUAGCGGUAAUCAGUGAAGACAAUAUUCUGGAUGUCAUUCAAUACGAUAGACAUGUGUUUGGUUUAGAGAGAGCCGCUUAUAUUGAAGGUCUCUAUAAAAGUGGAGAAUCUAUUAAUUUAGUUGCAAUUAACGACAGGAACGAAGUCUCGGACAAUGAACAAAUCGCUGAAUUAUUGGUCAACAAAUGUUGCCAACAAUUGCCACAAAACCGAACUCAAGAUGUAAUCUACGAGUGUUGGGACACUAAUAACUCGGCACAAGAAAUAGGAAACAAAUUGGGUUUAAUUGAAUUGAUACGCGAAAAGAAUGCGUUUACUAAGAAACAUAAAAAUGUCUUAAUCUAUCAAUACAUGAUAGAAGUUAAAAUGACCAUGAAAUAUAACUGCAGCACUACAACCGAGGAUUUCCAAGAAGUUAGAGAUCUUUGGGCUUCCAUUGGGUUUUCAAUUCACAAAUACGCGAACGAUGUUAUGAUUAAAUCGGAUCCAAACGGUUUAUUUGUGGCCGAAGACAUCGAUUCAGGGAAAAUAUUGGGAUAUUGUGCGGCUGUUAUCAAUACACAUGAUUUUGCAUUUAUUGGCGGAUUCUGUGUUCGUCCCGAAUAUAGGGGACACGGAAUCGGAAAAGACUUAUGGAAUACAGGAAUGGCACACAUGGGGGACAGGAAUAUCGGACUCUUUGCCUUCAGUUAUAAGAUGUUUGAGGUAUACAGAGAUCACAAUAACUUCACGUGUGUUCCCAAUAGACAUAUCCUACACUUCAGAGGACCGUAUGACCCAAAUAAUGAUAUAAUUGACAAAAUCGAUGGCAUUUCGUUGGUAGCCAUUAAUGACAGCAAUCUUCGGGAUGUGAUUGAAUACGACAAAGAUCUUUGUGGUAUUGAUAGAAGCGUUUACAUCGAAGGUAUCUCUAAGAGUCCCGAAAGUGUCAAUUUAGUGGCCAUUAAUGAGAAAAAUCAAGUGUUGGGCUAUUGUGUGGUUUUGGCCUUAACUACGGGCACGACAGGCAUUGAACCCCUUUAUGCAGACAACGAACAAAUCGCUGAAUUAUUGGCCAACAAAUGCUGUCAAAGAUUACCUAAAAAUUUAACGCAAGAAUUGAUAUAUAAGUGUUGGAAUAUAAACAAUAAAUCAAAAGUUAUUGCAAUGAAAUUGGGUUUAAAGGAAAAGAGAGACCAAAUGUCAUGUUUUACAAAAAGUGUCGGAACAGGAAAGUUAGACAAAGUGUUUAGUAUAGCGAGC